AUGGCUCCGUCAGCUACGUACGAGGAGAUCCGCGGGAUCGCUCAACAAGCCGUCUCGAUCUUUGCCGAUUACGGGUACGACUGCUGCCUCUUUGGCAGCACGGCUUGUGCGCUUUACGGCGCUACUCGACGCCCCAAUGACGUGGACCUGAUCGUCCUCACCAACGAGGACACUGAGGACCUGAAACGGAUCCUGGUAAACGAAGACAGCAGGUUCUUCCUUGUCCCAUCGCGGAACCCCCGUGCCACCUAUGAGGUUCUGUGGUACACUCUUCCGUCAGGACGCAACCGCCGGCGCCGCACCUGCAAAGUCGACAUCCUCACCCCCGGCGGGAACCUUGACCUACCCCACGUGCCGCGUCAGCACAUCAAGCGGGAGCAGCAGCUACCCGUGAUGCCGCUCCUCCCUCUUCUGCUGACGAAGCUUCGCGGAUGGACGGACCACCGCGACUCUCACAGGCAGGAUAUGCAGGAUAAGCAGUGGGUUGACGUGGAGGACAUUGACGAGCUCCUCGCCAUUACGUGCAACACGCGCACGCACAUCACGAAGGAUAAUCUGCGAUGGCUGCCGGAGGAUUUUGUGGCUGCUUCCCAGGAACGCGCUUUGGAAUACGUUGAGGAGUAUCCGAACUCGGCCCUGUAUUGGGAGACGCUGGGCUUCCAUGCCUAUGAGUGA